GCGUUAGGCGCGUGGUCUAAUAAUCUUGGGCUUCGUGGAAAUCCCGUUGUUUCUUGAUAAUUUGUAGAAUAAGAUUAUUUCAGUUAACUGUUGGUGCUUUUCAAGGACCACUUGAAUGUCUCACAAACAAGGGAAAUUGAGUCCUAAUACUCCCCAGACAAACCCAAAUGCUAUUAACCGUAAUGCGGGCCUUCAUGCACUGGAAUAUGAAGAAGCUAUGGAAGUCGAACAACCCUUGAGUGAUACUUCAGAACACGAUCCAUCCUCAGAUGCAAGUCAGGAUGAACAACACCCUUGGUUUUAUAAUGCUACUGUCAAAGGAUGCUGCGGGACAACUUGUGAACAAACAGAUGCUUCGGUUGAUGCCUUUGACGAAAAUGACGAAGCAAGAGCUUCAGGAGUUAUCGAAGGUGUCUUUGAAAACAUUUUACAUCAGAAACAAAGUGCCGCACGUGCAGACGUUCGCGUGGUUCGAGGAUCAGGAAUGAUUCGUUGUCUCCCGUGGAAAAUACUUGUAAUUUUUCAUCCACCGGACGCUCAGUCGACAAUUGGUGUUUUUGUACAGUGUAAUGCAGAAAGCGAAUCACUAACCUGGAGUUGUACUGCCAAAGCAACUAUUCAGUUAGUUGCUCAGAGAUCGAAUUGCAAGAAUAAAGAAAUGAAAAUUCAGCAUACUUUCACACAUAAGGAAAACGAUUGGGGUUUCCAACAAUUUAUUAGUUAUGACGAAUUGCUUAAUCCAGAGAGAGGUUUCUUAUCUCCAACAGAUCCGAAAGAUACAAUUAUUAUCCGAGCUCAUAUUAAAGCUGAUGCUCCUCAUGGUGCUGAUUGGGAUUCCAAACGCCACACUGGAUUUGUUGGGCUGAAAAAUCAGGGCGCUACUUGCUAUCUAAAUUCUCUACUUCAAGCAUUGUAUUGCACAAAUAAAUUACGACGUGCAGUAUUUUUAAUGCCAACGGAAAGUGAUGAUGCCCAAACAAGUGUACCUCUGGCUCUGCAGCGAGUAUUUUAUGAAUUGCAAUUCAGUAGUCGUGCUGUAGGCACUAAAAAGUUGACUCGCAGUUUUGGUUGGGCCACUUUAGACUCAUUUAUGCAACAUGAUGCUCAGGAAUUAUGUCGGGUUUUACUAGACAACUUGGAAAACAAAAUGAAAGGUACUUCAGUUGAGGAUGUUAUACCCGGACUAUUUUGUGGGAAAAUGCUUUCUUAUAUAAAUUGCAUCAACGUUCCUUAUUCUUCUAAGAGAGAAGAAAAUUUCUAUGAUAUCCAACUUAAGGUUAACGGAAAUCGUUCUGUUUAUGACGCUUUCAAUGAAUACAUUGCUAAAGAAACCCUCUCUCAAGAUAAUAAAUAUGAUGCUGGUGCUUAUGGGCUCCAAGAAGCUGAAAAAGGUGUUAUAUUUACACGAUUUCCACCAGUAUUGUACCUGCAACUAAUGCGUUUUCAGUAUGACUUUGUUGCUGAUACAAAUAUCAAACUAAAUGAUCGGUUUGAAUUUCCACCUAUUCUUAAGUUGGAUCAGUUUUUGGCUGAACCAAAACCAUCUACUUACAAACUUCACGCUGUACUUGUGCACUCUGGUGAUAAUCAUGGUGGUCAUUAUGUUGUAUAUAUAAAUCCAGCGCUAAAUGGUAUAUGGUAUCAGUUUGACGAUGAUGUUGUUUCACGUUGCUCACCCCGCGAUGCUAUCGAUAUGAAUUUCGGAGGUAGUGAUGAUCCUGAUAUGCGUCUUUGCACAAACGCUUAUAUGCUUGUGUAUAUCGCAGAUUCCGCGAAAGAUGAUGUUUUAUGCCCUGUUUCUGAGAUAGAUAUUCCUGAGACAUUACGCGAGCGAUUCAUGGAUGAACAAAAAAUGGAUGAGGCUAAAAGAAAACAAAAAGAGAAGGUUCAUUUGUAUGUCGCUAUUCAGUUAAUACUUGAAGAGGACUUCUAUGGUUGGCAAGGUCCAGAUUUGUGUAGUCAAGAGUUAUUGCCCAGUCGGAUGUUACGCGUUCAAAAACAAACUGUUCGUCCGAAAUUACUAGAAGAUGUAGCAAAUGUGUUGCAUUAUCAGCCUGAAGGAAUACGUUUGUGGCGGUUUCAACCUCGACGUAAGAACAUGCCUACUCAUCUAAUUGAACUUUGUGAUAAUCAACCAUUAUGCGCUAUGAAAGAUGCUCUCAUAUUUUUUGUUCAGUCCGAUACUUCGACUAAUUCAUUUAUUCCUCGUGUGGAUAAAGAACAAACUGUGAUAGAUCGACACUUGUUUUUCCUCAAAUAUUUCGAUCCAUUCACUUGGACGUCAACAUUUUGUGGCCAUGUGGAAAUUCGCAGAGAAGAAUCGUUGAGGGUUAUUGAACCAAUAGCUCGCGAACGGGUUGGAUUACCUUCUAAUUGUAAAUUAAUGUUUUUCCAAGACGAUGCGAAAUCCUUGAUAUCUGAAAUUACACAACUUGAUAUCCCAAUAUCUAAAAUGUAUAAACGCGAUAUCCAAGGACAAAUUUUGUACUUCCAAGCUAAAUCAAUGAAUUGCUCAAUCCCACUACCAUUUGGAUUGAUGGAAACCACUGAGAUGGGGAAAGAAGCGUUGAGCAGUUUGGUAGAUGAUGCGCAUGUUUUGUCGUCUGUCGAAAGUCCUCUUCUUACUGACAACAGCCAGGUUAUUGGUAUGAAUGGUAUAGUCAUCCCUUCAAAUAUCGUGGACGAUAAUGUUAGUGGUAACGCAGAUGUUUGCAGAGAUAUUUCGGAGUCUUCUGUUGUCUCGUUAUCGAAUAUUGAUUCCAUUACUUUGCAUAAAAUGGCUACUUUCCCAGCAGUAGCUGGCAAUAAAUCUCGAUCUUGUAUGAAUCUGAUGGGUCAACCGAUUACGGCGGAUUUACAAACGCAAACAAUCUCAUCUGCAGAAAAACUGACGAUUUUUGAUUACUUCAGCAGUUAUAUACGUCAGUUCGAAAUAUUAUUGGUGGAUAAGCUUAGACCUCAGGACGCUGGGAUUCUCAUUCAGGUGUCAGCCGAUCUUACGUAUUGGGAAUUCGCCAAUGUUGCUGCAGCUUACCUAUCAACGCAAAGUAACCGUCUUCAAUUUUUCCGUUCACAACAAGGAUUUGGCAAUACGACGGAUGCUGUUAAUGCACCAAUUUAUGUCUCACCUGUCUCCACUGGGACUGGUGUCACUGGAAGUGAACUUGCAUCUCCACCUAUCAGUUCAGAAACUACAGAGAACACUUGUGGCAAUAACAACGUUUGUUCUGUAGAGAGUGGGGCUUUAGGAGUUACAGGAACUCGUGGAUCACCAAUUCAUCCUCAUUUGUUAACAGCCAAAUCAUCUGGUAAGUUAGAAGAAACUACAGUACAAUAUAAUCAUUCUUAUUUUUUAAUGUGUCUCUAUGGUUUAUUCCGAAUUUACCCAUCAUUUUCUGUAGAUACAACACAUUUCUACCACAGAUAUUUCUCAUUGUUGCUCUUGUUUCAUUCUAUUUGUUCCACUUUUUUUACUUCGAGUUGCUGUCUUCGAAAUGGGAUAAUGAUUAUUUGCUUGAAAUCACAAUGUAUAUUAUAUUGACUCCUGAAGCCUGGUAAUUUUCAACAUGACACGUUUACUUAUUCAAACUGUGGAAAACAUGGAUUUGUACCUGGCCCUACGUUGUUUCUAAUUGACAUAUUGUGUAUUCUAUAAAAUUCAAAGUUUGGAUUAUUAGCAUGCAAUGGUUUCUUAGUGGUUAGGCCGUCCGGCUUUCAGCUACUAAUUACCAUAUUAGUACCCCACUAUACCUACUUCGGUUUGAAAAACCAUGUGAUAUCAUUAGCCUUUAACCCUAGAAUGUGUCUCAUAUUUAAGUAAAGUACCUAGUGAAUGAGCGAAUUAUGUGGGCAAAAAUCAAUUCACCAACAUUAUUUUGGAUAUCACAAAUGAUAACUUUUGAUACACACUGCACACUUGGCUCUCACAACUUAUACUGUAAUUUAUGGGAAGAAUGCCCUGUUUUCAAGCUUAUAUUUACGGGAUUGUUUGCUCUUUAGACAAAUACCAACUUGGUUUCUAAGAUGCCUUAUCCAGACUAGUCAGUUUUUAAAACCAGGGUUUUCGAGAUUUCAUGCACUAGCCUUUCUAUGUUGUCAACUACACAUGGUACUAGGUCAUUAAUUUACUGUUGCCGACUUGUGGUUGUCAAUUUAGAGAGAAAAGCGGACACAGUGGUUGAUAUUUGAAAUGAAUUGGAAUUACAUACAAUGUAUUAUUAAAUUUUGUUAAAUAUAAAAAAGUUUUCACCUGAGCAAAUGAAGUUUUAGCGCUCAAUAAUUUUUCUCCAGCCGUCCGUGUACAUUAUAUCUCACCCAACUGUACUAUAGUAAGAGAACUGAACUCAAUUUUCGCUUUAUAGGAUAUGGAUUUUCCUUCAGAAAAAGUUUGGUAUUGUUAGCUUCUCGUACUUCACUGUGUAUGCGGGAAAUUAGUUCAUGUAUUAGCUUAUGUAUGUGUGUAAGUCGUACGGACAAACUCUUUCGAAAUUCUGUCUUGGACUGUUUUAGUUACUAAAACAGUUUGAAUAAUAUAGUUAACGUUACACAAGUACUUCAGAGAUUACAAUGAGUAACGUGAUCUAUUGUUUUUCCUGUUUGUUUCAGGUUUCCCAACGUCGUCACCCUACUUAAAUUCACUUGUGGCAGCAGCAGCCGCUCAGGGUUUGAUGCGAGAACCUCCCGGUCCUGCAAUCAGCUCUUCAUAUUCUGGUACAUUGCAAGAAUUUUUCCUUCCGUUUACUGUUGCGCACACGAAUACUUCAUGGGCUUCUGAUGUUGGUGGUAUCGGGCCAGGUUUAGUUAACAGCGGAAAUACAUUGUCAGGAACUGGUGGAAAUACCCCCACUCCAGAUCGCUUCCCAAUACCGCUUAAUCGUUUUUGUGGUGCUGUGACUGUUAGCCGUUCUCCUUUGGGUCCUGUUACUUCUUCCCCACCUCGUCGUGUGUACUACGCACAUCUGGCUAUUCGAAUUGAUGAACUUGAAACAAUGCGUCAAGUUCGUGUGAUUUAUGUUGGGCAAAAAUUAUCGGAAAAGGCAGAAUUAAUUCUUUCAGUACCCCAGAAUGGUUUAGUUUUUGAUCUUUUAAAAGAAGCUUCUCGUCAUUUAGUCUUGCCUCCUGGUGGUUCUGGCCAACUGCGUUUACUCAAAAUCUCUCGUAAUCGAAUUAUACAAGAGUAUCCUCCAACACAAAAACUUUCACUCAUACCUGAAUCUGCUGUGUUUCCCCAAACAUAUGCAGGGUCGUCUCCUAUUCAUAGUCUUCGGAUUGAAGAAAUUCCUCUUGACGAAAUAAACUUGAAACCUGACGAAACUGUAGUGUACGUUUCUCAUUUUGACAAAGCUUUCACAGAGACUUUCGGGGUGCCGUUUACUGUACGCAUUCGAGAUGGAGAAAAUUACACUGCAGUGCGCGAGCGUAUACGUAAACGACUAGAAGUACCUGAAAAGGAGUUUGACCGUUGGCGAUUCGCUGUAAUUUAUCCAACUGAGGGUGCUUACAUCCCGAAUGAAGGGGAUCCCACAGUGCAGAUAAAAAGAUUUACUCACUAUUGUCUUCCUGAAAGUCGCCCAUGGUUGGGAAUUGAUCAUAAGCCAUCUAAACGUCCUCGUUAUGCUCCAAAUGAAAAACCUAUCAAGAUUCAUAAUUAAAAAAUUCAUUCAUUGAUUUGUGCGAAAUAUAUCUUCACUUCGUUUCUUGCGCGACUUAGUUUUGAAGAUACUCUUUCCUUCAGUUAUCUGCAGGCUAACUGUAAAACCAGUGACUUUUAACCAGCUUUUCAUAUUACCAGUUGUGAAUGACUUUCAAAAGCUUCGUUAACAUAUUCAUAGGUUCGAUGGAUUAUCUUUUUCACCUUGUCAGUACUUUGAAUAAUUAUCUAGUACUCCGCAGUGCUUGUGUUUGUCACUUUCACUGUGACAAUAUUCAUGUAAUUUCUUAGCUUUGCUGUUUGUAUUGUGCAUAUGAGACAAAUGUGAUGCUCUCAAAUGCUCAAGAUUCUUCGUACCUAUUUUGAAUUAAGUUGAGCUUGUCCACCAUCUGCAACACUAAUUAUGCCGUAAAGUGUUGUUGUCUAACUCUCAACCAAAUUUAUGAAUUACUUCGAAGCAUUUUAGAUCAAUUGUAUUGAAUAAAAUUUAUCUGCACAGAAAAUCUGAUAUUGUUUAUUUGUACGUGUUUGCUUUAUUUGUACUAAUCAUUUUCACACCAUUCAGUUAGUUUUUGAGCUAUAUACGUUAAGUGUUUCUCGGUCAGUCAGUUCAUAGCUCUGACUUAUUAUCCCCUAAUUUCUCCCACUUAUCUACAUGUACUAAUAGGCAAUAGUUUGUUUUAUUGUUGGUACAUCUGGUUUGUGUACAGAUGUAUAGCAUAAAAAUCCUAGGUGUAUCGUUUUAUUAAUACUAAAAGCUAUUUGACUUCAGU